AUGAAGUCCAGUAAUUAUCAACUAUCAAAAAUGUACAGCUCGAGACCUUACAAAUCAAGGAACCAGAGGCCCUGUGAUUUUUGUAGGAAACGCAAAACUUGUUGUAUCAUAACCGACGAUAAUGUUUGUAUAAGUUGUAAGAAAUUUAAUCAAGAUAAGUGUACCUUUGAUGAAGGUCCUAUAAAGAGGAUUUAUAAGAAAAAGAUGAAAGUUCCAAUUCUUCCAUCACAAGGUGUCAUAAUAAAGUCCGAUUCUUCGAGGAUGACUGGUAGAACAUCAAUUACUAAAUCACAUAAUCAUUCAAUUCCUUCGGUUCCAGUAACCUCAAUCCCUUCAAUUCCUUCAGUUCCAAUUCCUUCAAUUCCACAGCCUGAACUCCUGCAAGUUUCGAAGAUUACUUCAUCAUCAACUGGUAAGAUGAAAUUUGAUAAGAUUUUUAAUCAAUUGAAUAAAGAGAUCAAUGAAAUCAAUCGAGAGGUCAAUAAAUUGAUUGAAAUAAAUAAUGUUAGCACAAGAGAUAAUAAAAUGGAUUUUAACGAAAGUACCAUUAUGGAUUUCAAAAAUGAAAUGAUCGAAUUAGAUAUUCCGAACAUGCAUGAAGAAUUACCCAUGUUAUCCCAUUCCAAUUCUUUUUCCAGUAUGAGUUCCAACUCCAAUAGUUCUUAUUCUUCCAAUUCUUCUCCCAUGUCGAGUGUUAAUAUUGAAACUUUUGAAAGUUUCCCAAAAGAUACAACUUUUGACAAGAUGUUUGAUGCUAAAAUUGAUUACUUUGAUGACUUGAGAAAUGAUUUUAACCUUGAUUUUAUUAACGAAUGA